AGAAGACAAUAGAGGGAAAGGAAUGGCUGCCAUCAUCUCCUCCACCUUCCUCUCUGCUUCUUUACUUCUCCUCUGCCUUCUCUCUGCCUCGAGGAAGGGCUGUGUCGCCUUUGAGCAACCAGAAUUAGCAGCUGAGACCCACCACCAUAAUCUCCAAGUCAGCUCUCUUCUUCCUUCAUCUGUCUGCAAUCCUUCCAAAGCUUCAUGACUGUGGAUUGGCCUUUUGGGGACUGUUUCUACAGGCAAAAGGUGAAGCUAAAAUCAUUACUCAUCCACUAAGUGAAAGAAGCGUCCAUUGUUUGAGAAUCUACGCCACUCUGCUAUCACUUUCAGCCCUAAAAAGACCCAACAAACUUAAUUCACCUCAUGCAAUUGUUAAAUCCAUAUGUUACAUAUCUCUAAACCGCACUUGAUAUAAUUCAAAUUUGUAUAUGUGUUUGAAGGAAAAUGCUGUGGACAAAAAGUCGCCAUCUUUGACAGUAAUCCACAAGCAUGGCCCAUGCUCUCAACUCCGACCUAACUCGGAUGCUCCAACCCACGCCGAGAUCCUCCUCCAUGACCAAGCUCGGGUCAACUCAAUUCACUCAAGACUCGCCAGGACCCUCAACAACGUGAAAGAGACAGCCGCCACCAGAAUUCCGGCCAAGGACGGGAGUGUUGUAGGGUCGGGAAAUUACAUCGUCACGGUGGGUCUCGGCACCCCAAAAAAAGACCUUUCCCUAAUAUUCGACACUGGAAGUGACCUCACCUGGACUCAGUGCCAACCUUGCGCCCGAUAUUGUUAUCGGCAGAAAGAACCCAUAUUCAAUCCUUCUCAGUCUAAAUCAUAUCUCAACAUUUCUUGUUCCUCCUCGAUUUGUGGUUCUCUGUCUUCUGCAACAGGGAAUCCACCGGGUUGUUCGUCAUCUACCUGCGUCUAUGCAAUCCAAUACGGUGACUCGUCUUUCUCUGUCGGGUUGUUCGGCAAAGAACGGUUAACCUUGACAUCGACAGACAUUUUCGACAAUUUCCUAUUCGGAUGUGGCGAAAACAAUCAGGGGCUUUUUGGCGGCGCCGCCGGGUUACUGGGGCUGGGCCGUAAUAAACUAUCCUUCCCAUCACAAACAGCCCAGAAAUACAACAAGGUUUUCUCCUAUUGCUUGCCAUCCUCCGCCAGCUCCACCGGUUACCUCUCCUUCGGCAACAGUGACAUUUCGAAUUCCGUGAAAUUCACUCCUUUAGUCACUCUCUCCGGGGGUGCAUCAUUCUAUGGCGUCGGUAUCACGGGAAUUAGCGUCGGUGGUAAGAGAUUGCCUAUCUCCUCAUCAGUGUUCGCGACAGCUGGCACAAUCAUCGACUCCGGAACCGUCAUCACCCGCCUCCCAACCACGGCGUACUCCGCUCUCAAAACCGCUUUCCGUCAAGGAAUGUCCAAGUACCCAAUGGGGAAGGCACUAUCAAUCCUCGACACGUGUUACGACCUUAGCAGUUACAAUUCCUUCAGCAUACCCAAAAUAAGCAUUUCCUUCAGUGGCGGGGUUGAGGUGGAGAUAGCCCUAGCCGGAAUCUUAUACGUCAACAGCCCGUCACAAGUGUGCCUGGCAUUCGCCGGAAACAAUGAUGACUCCAAUGUGGGUAUUCUCGGAAACGUGCAACAGAAAACACUGCAAGUGGUGUACGAUGGCGCCAAUGGAAGGGUGGGGUUCGCCACCGGCGGGUGUAGCUAGGAAAUUCCGACUAACGAAGAGAAUCUUCGAGUUAGUGCUCUUGAAUCUCGAUAAUAGUAACAAGAAAUUGCUUUGGAUUAAAGUUUGAUGCAUAUGAAUAAGAUCUGCUUGGCUUCUUUUCUUGCAAGUUUUUAAUUAAAGAUUGUAAUAAUU